AUGCUAUUUACUAUCUUUGGCGCUGCCGUGAUAGCGCUGCUCCCUAUCGCUAUAGGAGGGUAUUCUAUCCCAUCAUCUUGUCCCAACGUACCACGCCCCCUUUAUCCAUAUGAGCUUGCCCAAGGAUGGGCUGCAGUCAAGGUAGCAGAUGGAUUAUCCUCGCCUCGUGGCAUAGUCGUAGACGAGAGCGGUCGUCUGCUAAUCGUAGAAGAAGGCAUGGGAAUCAGUCAACAUACAAUCGAUAUCAAUGGGUGUAUCGUGUCCUCGCGCAAACUUGUCUCCAUGCCCAUUUUAAAUCAUGGCAUCUACUUCGAACUCAAUAACCGCUCACUGUACGCAAGCUCAGCAUCUACAGUGUAUAGAUGGGAAUAUGAUGCAAACACCGGCAACGUUAGCGAACCACCAACUACUAUCGUUUCGGGAAUGGCUACAGAUGGCCACCCCACGAGGACUCUGAUCAUUCCACCAAAUCAUCCAAACUUGCUCGUUGUUUCCCAUGGCUCCAAUAGCAACCUUGACUACGCUGCCACUGAUCCGACAACUGCUCGAGCUAUCGUGAAAGUCUUCGACAUUUCGAAUGUACCAAAGGUCGGAUACAACUAUGCUCGAGAUGGUUGGAAUGCCGGAUAUGGACUCAGGAACGAAGUAGGAUUGGUUUUUGAUGGAAACAAUAUGCUCUGGGGUGUGGAAAACAGCGCUGAUCAACUAGUCCGUGAUGUUAAUGGCACCUCAGUAGACAUCCACAAUGACAAUCCGGCAGAAGAGUUGAAUUUCCUCGGCGAUGUUUCAACGCCAAAUAAUGCCUGGUACGGCUAUCCAACAUGUUUCACGAUUUGGGAAACCAACGCCACGCACGGGCUUGAUGUUGGCCAGCAGUUCGUUCAAUCGCCCAACGAGACAUUUACCGAUGACACUUGCGCGCAUAUGUCGAUGCCGCCACGACUCACCUUUCGGGCGCAUUCCGCACCUCUAGAUGCGAAAUUUGAUGCGCCAAAGUACGAGAACCUAUUCGCUACUUUGCAUGGUAGCUGGGAUCGUUAUCCCCCACGGGAUGAAGGUCGGUGUUCAUCGUCGAGCUGUGCGCGGCCUGUGGGAUUAGUUUUCGACGCGAUGGGGCGACUGUAUAUGACGAGUGACACUUCUGGUGAGGUGUUUAUGCUUAGUGGCGUUAUUUAGGAUGUCUAAUAGGGGGAUAAAUUAUGAAGUGGCUUGAAGAAUCGGGUUGACUACUACUCCGAGGGCUUACCGUAAGUCCGGGCCAUCUCUAUUUGAGACCCCCCACAGAAGUACCUAUUUUGUAACCCGAAGAUAGCCUGUACAAGUUUUGAAAGGUAAACGUUAGGCAGACUUGUGUUAAAGGAAAGACAUCCACGGUGCUGUCAUCGUAUAUCAGAACGUGGCGUAUCGCACGCUGAAGAAUUCGGUUAUUUGAUUUUUUACGUACAAAUUCAUGUAAGGUAUCCAAAUCCAUUCCGCUAAUCGAAAAUUGAUCCCUACACCACGCUGCUUCAAGCGAGAUUGUCUCCACGAGGUCUUUUCUCGUCGACCACGUCAACGUGCUCUACUUCCCCUGCCACGGCCACCU